UUUGUGGCGGAGCACUUGCAUGCCUCCAUCAUUCUUCAGCGCAGCCAGUCAAACUACAACAGACGGACACACAGAUCUCCUGAAUUUUGGGCACAGAAAACCUGAACCAAAACAAACUCAGUUGUUCUCUGAAGCAAAGCAAUCAAACAGUACUAAACAAUCCAAAUCCAUGUCUCUCUUUAGAAAUCUAAUUCAACUCUCUACUUCCAAAUCCAAACCUCUCUUACAAAACCCAAAUUUCCUCUUCACUUCACUCUCCCACUUCACCACCGACACGCCGACGAGGUUUGCUGGCCUGGAGCCUACCAAGGGGGACGAGAAGCCCAGAGUGGUGGUGCUGGGCUCGGGUUGGGCGGGAUGUAGGCUAAUGAAAGGAAUUGACACUGAUUUGUACGAUGUCGUAUGCGUGUCGCCGAGAAACCACAUGGUUUUCACCCCUCUGUUAGCUUCCACGUGUGUUGGGACUUUGGAGUUUAGGUCCGUGGCUGAACCCAUUGGUCGGAUCCAACCUGCCAUAUCGAAAGCACCUGGGUCUUACUUUUUUCUUGCGAAUUGUACUAGCCUUGAUACAGAGAAACAAAUGGUGCAUUGUGAGACUGUUACGGAUGGAUUGGACACAGUCGAUCCAUGGAGGUUUAAAAUUUCGUAUGAUAAGUUAGUAAUUGCACUGGGAGCAGAAGCAUCGACCUUUGGAAUUCGUGGCGUGAAAGAGCAUGCAAUAUUUCUUAGAGAAGUUCACCAUGCUCAGGAAAUCCGCAGGAAGCUACUACUCAACUUGAUGCUGUCUGAUAUGCCUGGUCUUUCAGAAGAAGAGAAGAGCAGAUUAUUACAUUGUGUUGUUGUAGGAGGUGGUCCCACGGGAGUUGAAUUCAGUGGUGAACUCAGCGAUUUUAUCUUGAAAGAUGUUCGUCAAACAUACGCGCAUGUGAAAGAUUACAUACAUGUUACUUUGAUUGAGGCAAAUGAGAUCUUGUCUUCCUUUGAUGAUAGCCUCCGUCGCUAUGCUACUAAGCAGUUGACAAAGUCAGGAGUUCAUCUUGUCCGUGGGAUUGUCAAGGAUGUUAAACCGCAGAAGCUAAUUCUAACCGAUGGCACAGAGGUUCCAUAUGGUCUGUUGGUGUGGUCUACAGGUGUUGGCCCCUCAUCAUUUGUAAAAUCUCUGGAACUUUCCAAGUCUCCUGGUGGACGGAUUGGUAUUGAUGAGUGGCUGCGAGUUCCUUCAGUGCCAGAUGUGUUUGCAAUUGGUGACUGCAGUGGGUUUCUUGAAAGUACUGGCAAACCAGUUCUUCCCGCGUUGGCUCAGGUGGCAGAGCGUCAAGGAAAAUAUCUUGCAAAUCUAUUGAAUAAAAUUGGUAAAGAUGGUGGAGGGCGCAGAACCAGUGGUGAAGAAGUAGAAUUAGGGGAUCCAUUUGUUUACAGGCAUCUGGGAAGCAUGGCAACUAUCGGUCGCUACAAGGCGCUUGUGGAUCUUAGACAGAGCAAAGAGGCAAAAGGAUUAGCUCUGAAAGGAUUUGCGAGUUGGUUUAUAUGGCGUUCUGCAUAUCUGACACGUGUUAUAAGCUGGAGGAAUAGGUUCUAUGUGGCUAUUAACUGGGCUACAACAUUUGUCUUUGGCCGUGAUAUAAGCAGAAUAUAGCGCUGAAGAGAGGCACAGAUUGCAUGCCAGGUUGCAGGCAUGCCAUCAGACUGCAGUUUUUCAGGUUCUUGAGAAACCUCCAUUCAUUUGGAAGGGAGGGAUUGAAUAAUUCAAGGAUACCAUGGUCAGGCCUCACAGCAUAAAAUGUGUUCACGUCAGAUUUUUUCUUAUCCUCGUAGUAGCCUCAUACUUGAUUCCUUCUCCCUGAAUCUGCUAGUAACUUUGAGGGCUGCUCUCUCCGGAUCGGAUUUGUAUAGUUCUUUUAUAAGGAUAUGUCGAAGUGUUUUUUUGUACAUUCAUUUCACAGCUUUAAAGAAUUUGAAAUUAA